GAAUUUUUUUUUGUAACAAAAUAGGAUCAAAACAGAAUUCUCAUAAAACGUGGAACUAAUAAAAAAAUGUGCCUUUUUACGGGACCAAAAAGGUCAUUUAGGCUACCAAAACCAACAUGAUCCUGUCUUGGCACGGAGCUUUGACGCUGUAGAAUGCAGCAUUAUCACUAAAAACUGGUCAACUCAUGUAUGCAAAAAUUGAGCUCCCAUCAUCAUCCACCAUGAAACCUCUGUGCCUUACGCAUAAUCUUCUCCUAUGCCUCACCAUCCUACUCGUCUCACCCACCACAAUCAUUUCUCGCCCACUAAUCUCAGGCGGAAAUGAAUUUCCCUCUGAUCCCGUCGACACGAUACGCCUCAAAGGAAUUGUCGAUUCUGGAGGGAGUGAGGGGAAAUUCGAAUCCGAGUCGUGCUCGCAGAUGUACGGGUUCCUGCCGUGCUCGGAGAGCGUAUGGGGGCACGUAUUCUUGAUUGUGGUUUAUGAGUACCUACUAUUUCAUGGAGAGUCGUACGUUGCCUCGGGAGGCGAAAGGAUUUUCAAAAUCCUGGGUCCUGGCGUGUUUGGCGCCUGUGCCUUUCAGCUCAUCGGCUCUCUUCCUGAAUCCCUCAUUCUUCUUGCAUCGGGACUGUUGAACAGUAAAGAAGAGGCUCAAGAUUGCGUGUUAACCGGAGUCGGAUUGCUGGCCGGAUCCUCAAUCUUGCUUCUCACUCUACUGUGGGGAACCUGUGUUAUCCUCGGUACUCGAGAUUUCUCCGAUUACUUGCAGUCUGAUGCUGCAUCUUCUUCAGAUUGUCCGAACCAAAAGAACCCUCUUGAAAGACUGUUCUUAUCACUAUGGCCUGGUUAUGGGUUGGUGACAGAUUCAUGGACAGGUUACACUGCAAGAAUUAUGCUUGUUUCAGUGAUCCCGUUUACUAUCAUCCAAUUUCCAAGACUCUUCCGUUUAUCUUUGUUCUGGGAGCGAGUUUUCGUAGUGAUCGCUCUUGUUGUUUCUGUAAUAUUCUUGCUUUCUUACUUCUUCUAUCAGUUGUUUCAGCCUUGGAUUCAGAAGAGGCAGCUUUUAUAUCUAAAGCAUGGGCAUUUAGUGGUGGACAUACUUAAACAUGUGCAGUAUCAGACUAUGGGGAGUCUCUUUACCGAUGACGGUGGACCAAAUUUAUCAGUAAUAAGGAGGAUAUUUGAAGAAACAGAUCAAGAUGGAGAUAAGUAUCUUACAGCGGCUGAGCUCAAAGACUUUCUCCGGGAAAUUAAAUUUAGAAAAUUAUACUCCGACAAGGAUAAAGUGACUGAAGAUAUGAUGAAGGAAUUUGAUGCCAACAAAGACAAGAAGAUAACUGUUGAUGAAUUUGUUAAGGGAAUGGAGAAAUGGAUUGAGGAGACAAAAAAGGAUUCGGACAAAACUUAUCACUUAAAUGAGGUUCUCCAACCUUGGAUCGAAAAGAAAAGGGAAGAACGUGAAAUGAUGAAAAAUCUAAUUCCUGACAUUUUAGAGCAUCUUAAGGCCUCCGUACAUGGGAGCCUUUUGACAGGAAACGGAACUCCGGAUUUACCUGCUAUAAAAAGGUUGUUUAAAGACAUUGAUCAUGAUAAAGAUGAUUUUGUUUCACAUGCUGAACUCAAAGACCUUAUGAUGGAUAUAAAGUUCGGGAUCAUACCAAAUGAUAUAGAUGCUGCAGCAUCCAAAAUGAUGGAAGAACUGGAUGUAAGUGGAGAUCAGUUGAUAAACGAGGAAGAAUUUGUGACUGGGUUGUCCAAAUGGCUGAAAUCAUCUUAUGUUAAUCAAACUACAACACCUGAGAUAUACAAGGAUUCUGGUUAUCAAGAAAAAUGGGAACAGACAGAAAAGUUGGUGGAAGAUAAAUUGAUCGAUAAAUCUGUACUUGCAUGGACAAAAGCUAUAGCCCUUGUGGUGCUCGGGAUUGUUAUGCUAGGUCUUCUAGCCGAACCCCUUAUCCACAGUGUUCAGAAUCUUUCAGAAGCUGCAAACAUACCGUCAUUCUUCAUUGCUUUCAUCUUUGUCCCGUUGGCUACAAAUGCAAGAAUAGCAAUAUCGGCUAUCAGUGAAGUGCGCAGGAAGAAACUAAACAUCAAUUCUUUGACAUUUUCAGAGAUAUACGGUACGGUGUUGAUGAACAACCUUCUGGGCUUUUCCGUUCUUCUUUCCCUGAUUUAUUUCCGUGGAUUGUCUUGGGACUUCUCGGUCGAGGUUCUUAUGGUCCUCAUUGUUUCUGCUGUUAUGGGAUGCCUUGCAAGUUUCAGCACUAUUUUCCCUGUUUGGACAUCAUUCUUGGCUUAUCUGUUGUAUCCAAUGUCUUUGGUCCUAGUUAAUGUUCUUGGUGAUUUCAAGUGGUCAUCCUAGACUGUGACAAGGUAACAAUUGCAGAAGUAGCCAAAUUUUGACACAGGUUAUCUUACCUGGUAUUGCCUCUUGUUGAUUAAGGCUUAUUGCUUGUUCAUGAACCCUAAUUCCAUUUU